GUAAACGUGGUCACUCUAAACAUUUUUCCGGUGUUUCUUGGAUGCCCUCAUCUAGUAAAAUAUAACAUGGCAGAUUGGGUUAAAAAAGCUGAAGACCAGGAAGUUUCAAAGCUGGUCAACCAACUAAACAUAGAUGGUAUCCUUCCAGAAAAAUCUGGUUCUAAUAGUGAUGGAAAUGAGCCCGAUGUUGCAGAUCCAGCAGAAACCAGUUUGCUUAUUAAAAUUUUAGGAAAAGGAUUGGUAAACACAAAGUUGUCUCUUGACAUUCAGCAAAAGAACCCAAAUUCACCUUUGCACUCCGUUAAAACAUUUGAAGCCCUCCACUUGAAGCCAGAGCUUUUAAAGGGCAUUUACGCCAUGGGAUUUAACACACCUUCUAAAAUUCAAGAAACGGCGUUACCAACAUUACUUGCGGAUCCCCCUCAAAAUAUGAUUGCACAAAGUCAGUCCGGUACAGGGAAAACAGCUGCAUUUGUCUUGGCUAUGCUUAGCAGAGUUAAUGUUAAUUUGAAUUAUCCACAGGUUUUGUGUUUAUCUCCAACGUAUGAAUUAGCCAUACAGACGGGGGAAGUAGCGGCCCGGAUGGGACAGUUUUGUCCAGAAAUAAAACUUCGAUUUGCUGUUCGCGGAGAAGAAGUUGACCGCAAUAAAAAAAUAACGGAACAUAUUCUUAUUGGAACGCCAGGAAAAAUGUUAGAUUGGGGAUUAAAAUUCCGUCUUUUUAAAAUGGACAAAGUAUCGGUUUUUGUAUUAGAUGAAGCGGAUGUUAUGAUAGCCACACAAGGCCAUCACGAUCAAUGUAUAAGAAUUCACAAAAUGCUAAGCCCAGAAUGCCAGAUGUUGUUUUUUUCUGCAACUUACGAUAAGGAAGUAAUGGACUUCGCCCGUCUCAUAGUUAGCGAACCUACUAUAAUAAGAUUAAUGCGUGAGGAAGAGUCACUCGAUAACAUAAAACAAUAUUAUGUUAAAUGCAAGAAUGAAGAUGGAAAAUAUAAUGCAAUCCAAAAUGUAUAUGGUUGCAUUAGCAUUGGCCAAGCAAUUAUAUUUUGUCAUACAAGAAGGACAGCGGCUUGGCUUGCAGCCAAAAUGACAUCUGAUGGUCAUUCGGUAGCGGUCCUGUCCGGAGAUUUAACCGUUGAGCAAAGACUAGCUGUUUUAGAUCGAUUUCGUUCCGGCCUUGAAAAAGUACUUAUAACUACAAAUGUGUUAUCAAGAGGUAUUGACAUAGAGCAAGUUACAAUUGUGGUUAACUUCGAUUUACCAGUGGAUGUUCGUGGCAACGCUGACUGCGAAACAUACUUACAUCGAAUUGGGCGUACCGGGCGAUUUGGAAAGUCUGGAAUCGCUAUAAAUCUUAUAGAUGGAGAAAAAAGUAUGAGCGUAUGCUCUGCUAUUGAAAAACAUUUUAAAAAAGAAAUAAAAAUUCUCAAUACUGACAGUGCCGACGACAUUGAAAAAAUUGGAAGCUAAGCGAGCAACUUUUACAGUUACUAUUCACAUUUUAUACUAUUGUAUAAAAUCACAUCAUAUAAUAAAAUCAUACAAUACUUCAUUUAA